AUGAUGUCACGCAACGGACUACACGUUGAUUGGCUCUCUGCAUGAUGUUCUCAACCACUGAAACCCAAAGUAGCGCCGCCCUAUAGAGGAAUAAAAAUCAAGCUUUGCAGUUGGCUUGCAUUUCAGUUUUCAAACGGACUCUCAACAACAAUUGAAAAAUGAGUGGAAGAGGUAAAACUGGUGGCAAAGCCAGAGCAAAGGCAAAGACUCGUUCAUCCAGAGCUGGACUUCAGUUCCCCGUUGGCCGUGUGCACAGGCUGUUGCGCAAAGGCAACUAUGCCCAGCGUGUCGGCGCUGGUGCACCGGUCUACUUGGCUGCCGUGCUCGAGUACCUGACCGCUGAGAUCCUGGAGUUGGCCGGUAACGCUGCCCGUGAUAACAAGAAGACCCGUAUCAUUCCCCGCCAUCUGCAGCUUGCUGUGCGUAACGACGAGGAGUUAAACAAGCUUCUCGGUGGUGUGACCAUCGCUCAGGGUGGUGUGUUGCCUAAUAUCCAGGCUGUGCUGCUGCCCAAGAAGACCGAGAAGUCCAAGUAAAUCUGCUCCCUCUAUCGUUGAAACAAAGGCUCUUUUAAGAGCCACCCAAAUACCAAUAAAAAACA